AUGCUCGGCGUACCGGCAAAUAGCCGUGUCUCGUCGAGUAGCUUCUACCAUCGACCCAACGGGCUUUCCGUAUCCGACGUCGACCUUGACAUCGAAGGCGCUAGUGGAGGCAGAGUCGACGAACUCUACGAUGCAGGUCUACCGUGGCCACUCGGCACAAGCGGACGUCCAACAUCAUGGUCGGCAAAAGGACCUGCAGAGCAUAUUCCGCGUGUAUCCCUAGUUUCGAGCCUUCAAUGCCAUCUUCGCUGGGCCAGAGCAGGCUGGUGCAACGCCAAUCGAUGGCCGGAGGCAUUCAAGCUCAUCGCCAGCUCGAGUGAGAUUCGCAACGGUGUUCUCAAAGGUCUCUUGCUCAGCGGAACUAUUUCGGCUGUGGCCUUCUUCUUCGAGCUCGCCUUCUUGCCAAAGGUGCUGUUUCAGCAGCCACCUAUCAAGUCUAUGCAGGACGCAGCGGAGUCCGGCUCGAUCGUCGGAACACUGGGCAACGUGUUCUGGAUCUAUCCGCUGAUUGGUGGAAGCUACUUGCUUGCAUCUUCUUGGACUUCCGACAUCGCCCAGGCGGCGUACAAACUUCGACAUGGCCACGUCCGAAGGUUGACGCUUUCAAAUCCAUCCUUACCGCCUGGCACAUCACGUCGCCUACUGCAGGAGAGUUACCGUGUUUUCCUGAUCGCCAACUACACUGUCUUCUACAUUCUACUUGGCCGCAUUCCCUACUUCGGACGCAUUCUUUCCUUCCUCUUCAUGUGCAUGGUCGAUGGAUACUACUGCUUCGAGCAGGCAUGGAUUUCGCGAGGUUGGUCACUCGAUCGAAGGAUGCGCUACUGCGAAGAGAGGUGGUCGUACUUUGUUGCCUUCGGAUUGCCGUCAACGGCAGUGUCCUUCUUCCAUCCAAGUGGGCUGCUCAAUUUGAUGCUCUUCAUGUUGGUCUUCCCAUUCUGCACGGUUCUAGCGAUGCUCGCCGAUCCACAACCGAGGAUCUCGGCAUCAGGAGCACUGGCGGCAUCUUCGAAUGGUUUCGGCGUGGAAGGCGGCUUGGAUUACGCAAACGGCCCACUCCAUCGACUGAUCCCAUCUCGUCUGCCCGUCUUUUGGCCCACUGUCAAGCUGCACCGCCUCGUGCUACAGUUGUUGCCUUCCUUCGCCGAUGCACCACUCGCCCCAUCAGCGCAAGCGUUCGAGCGCAAUACAAGCAUGUACGGCAGGACGGGUGACCUCUCCGGCGCCGGCGGAUUCUCUGUCAAUGGUGGAUUUGGCCGGUUCGGGACUGGUGGCAAACGUGCCGCCGAGAUGGUGGGCGGUAUCUUCAACAAUGGCAGCCGCAGUUCACUUAAUUCCGGCCGAAACUCCCCCUCACCCUGGCCUGCGUACGGUGGUGCCCCUCCUCAUGACGGAGCAGUGAAUGAUGGAGCAGGCGCUGGAGAGGCGUAUCAACAAAUGAACUUAGGAGGUGGCGUAGGUGGGUCAGCAUCCGCCACGUACACAAGUGCAGGGCAAAACAUGUACUCGAGAGCCGCAGCAGCUCCACCAAAAGGACCACUUGGCCCACCACCGAAAGGUCCCGCUUCCAACCAUCGCAAAGCGGACUAG